GGGCUGAGCUGAUGUCUGGGACGGCUGGCGUGAUGGACUGCCUUCCACGACCGAGGCAGAAAGCAGUGCUGCUGAUUGUGCUCCUGCUCAAGUCUGCCAACAUCAUCUGGCUACAUGGAACUCCAGUAACAGGAGCGGACUACAAUGUUCACUGUGUUAAUGAUUACCUGUUCACCGUCAACUGCUCCCUGAGAAUCGCUCCAUCAGAAAACACCUCAAACAGCAACAGCUCCUACUGGCUCAGUUUUACAGAAACAGUGGAAGAAACACAGUAUAAGUGCAUGCUGACGCGCACCAAAGAGGACUAUUUCUGCACGUUUAAAACAUCAGACGGGAUCUCUGAGCACAACCACGUAGAUAUAUUUGGAGAUUUAGAUGGCUACAAAAUCUCACUUUGCCACGACGGAAAUGAGGAAUGUGAAACCUGUGAGGUGCUGCAUGAGGAAUACCAACCUGUGAACCACAUUAAGCCAGUCGCGCCAUGCUGCCUCUCAGUCAGCCACAACUCAAGUCAACACCACUUCACUUGGAAAAGUAUCUAUGAGAAUUACAGCACCGUUACCGACCUGCCCAACAACCUGCAAUAUCAGGUCCGCUACUACAAGAGGGAAGAACAUGAGGUUAAAUUACAUGAUAUUUACACAGAAAGUACGAGUUAUUCUGUGGAUGAUCAGAACUUUGUACCAGACACUGAGUACGGUGCCAGAGUACGGUGCACUCCUACUCAGGCUUCUUACAAGGGCGAGUGGAGUGACUGGUCCAUUGAAGCUCACUGGAGGACCAAACCUGCCAUGAAUGGUUUCUCAACGCACAUGUCUAAGAAGGUGCUCAUUCCCAUAUGUGGGCUGGUGGCAAUUGUCUUACUGGUCUGCUAUGCUCCUAUUAAAAAGUGGAAGCAAAAUGUGUUUAUCCCAACUCCGGCUCCCUAUUUCCACACUUUAUACAGCGACUGCCAGGGAGAUUUCAAGAGCUGGGUGGUUACACACGAAAACACAGCCGACAUGUUGGAAAAAGAGGAAACGCUUCAGAUUGACAUCCUGACAAAGUGCGCAGAUGUCCAAGAGGAUGACUGCCCACCCAAGUUUGACCCGCACGUGAUGGAGGGCAGCUCCUACAGCAACAUAACUGCACCCGUCUAUGAUACCGCUCUCCUGGGCAUCCCGUAUGCUGUGAGCACCAUGAUUCCACUCUCAGCUCAGGGCGGCUCAACGAAUAGUCUAAUUCUAGGCUCUAAAUUAGGGAGUCCUGCUGGAGACUCAGGGUGCUGGCUCUGCAGUGACACGUCCCUAGAAAGGGAUCCUCCCUGGUACUGCAAUGAGUACUGCACCCUUAGUAGCUUCCAGCAGUCUGGUUCAAUCCCAGCAGAGGACCAUGUGAGCUUCUAAAAAAAAAAAAAAAAAAAAAAAAAAAAAAAAAAAAAAUGCCCAUUAACUGGGAACGCUGGGAGUAGGUACGCAAAAAAGGAAGUUUUCCACAACACUGUAGUUGAACAGAAAAACUAAGUUCCCAUCAUGACUCAGUAGCUUGUAGAGCCUCCUGUAGCAGCAAUAACCUCAAUCACUGUCUUUUAUAGGUUCAUUGAGAUUUGCAUACCUUAAUUUAUGCAUAGUAUUACAAUUUAUCAUCUCAGUCCCAAUAUCAGGUAUAGAUUACGUAGCAUCCUUAAUUUCAAUGUGUUUUCUAUGUACCACUUCAAUAAGUUACAAAUCUGUGCUUUUGUCUUCCCUCCGAUCUAAACCGUUCUCCAAAUGCGGUUGGAGUCUCGUUUUCACUCAGAUUUCUGACUCAUUUGUUUCUGAAUCACUGGAAUGCAAGUUGAACUUUUUGUAUACAUGAUGUUCUUAAUAAAGAAAAUACAACAUUUCGUA